UGGCGGUGGAGUAGACGAAGCGGGAGCAGCGGGCGGAGUAGCCGCACCCCCGCGAUCUUGCUCGCUCCUCGCCGCCAGGCCCCCUCCCGCGUUGCCGCCGCCUGUGGCUUCACCCGGCAGAGAGGCUGCUCCGCUGCGCCCCUUUCCUGCGGGGUAGGCCUGCCUGCCGGCAGAGCUUGGCGUGGCUCUCCCGCCCCAACUUGGUUGCGCCGUGCCUCGGUGGUGGCUCGUUUCCUCCGGUGCUCGCGGGCCAAGCGAGGGCAUCGAUCUUCGAGCGGGAAGAUGGCUGCUGGCUGGCUGCUCUUCUUGAGCCUGACACUUUUCCAGUCCCUGGUGACCAACCUGUCCGCCGAAGGACCCUUCCCGUCGCCCAACACGAUCAAGCUGUGGGUGGAUAAGAUGCAAGAGGACCUCGUAAAGCUAGCGAGAACAGCAAGUGGGGUGGACAAACUUGCGGAAAUAUACUUGAGGAACCCAAGUUUAUACACUGUGGAAGCUAACAAUGCAGCACGGCUGGUGGAAGUUGCAGCCCGAGAUAUUGAAAAACUCUUGAGCAACAGAUCAAAAGCCCUGGUGCACCUUGUAGACGCAGCGGAGAGAUUUCAGAAAGAGCAUCAGUGGCAGGACGAAUUUGCGACUGGUGAUAUUGUCUACUACAAUGCAAAAGAUGACCUCAAUGAUCCUGGAAGAAAUGAGAGUGAAACCAGCAGUCAAAGAAUCAAACCAGUGUUUGAAGAGGAUCCUAUUUUUGGUCGACAAACAUCCUAUCAGAAUGCAGCGGUCCACAUACCAACAGAUAUAUAUGAAGGAUCUACCAUAGUACUGAAUGAACUGAACUGGACAGGUGCACUCGAUGAUGUCUUCAAAAAGAACAGAGAAGAAGAUCAAACAUUGCUGUGGCAAGUUUUUGGCAGUGCGACUGGCCUUGCCAGGUAUUACCCAGCUUCCCCGUGGGUAGACAAAAGUCGAACUCAGAACAAGAUAGAUCUGUAUGAUGUUCGUAGAAGACCAUGGUACAUCCAGGGAGCUGCAUCUCCCAAGGAUAUGCUCAUUCUAGUGGAUGCGAGCGGCAGCGUCAGUGGAUUGACCCUGAAGUUGAUCCGAACGUCUGUCAUUGAGAUGCUAGAAACCUUGUCCGAUGAUGAUUUUGUGAACGUUGUUUCAGUCAAUGAAACUGCUCAGAAUGUCAGUUGCUUCAACCAUCUUGUGCAAGCUAAUGUGAGGAACAAGAAGAAGCUGAAAGAGGCAGUCUAUAAAAUCUCAGCGAAAGGAAUCACUGAUUAUAAGAAAGGCUUUAGCUUUGCCUUUGAACAGCUGCUAAACCACAGCCAGAGUGUCUACAGAGCUAACUGCAACAAGAUUAUUAUGUUAUUUACUGAUGGUGGUGAAGAAAGAGCACAGGAGAUUUUCAACAAAUACAACAAGGAAAAAAAAGUCCGUGUCUUUACAUUUUCCGUUGGUCAACAUAAUUAUGACAAGGGACCCAUACAAUGGAUGGCCUGUCAAAAUAAAGGUUACUAUUAUGAAAUUCCUUCUAUUGGUGCUAUUAGAAUCAACACACAGGAGUACUUGGAUGUUUUGGGGAGACCAAUGGUUUUGGCUGGGGAAAAAGCCAAGCAAGUCCAGUGGACCAAUGUCUAUUUAGAUGCACUGGAACUUGGUCUAGUCAUUUCUGGAACUCUGCCUGUCUUCAAUUUGACAAAAGAUCAAAGUGGAACUCAGAACCAGUUGAUACUUGGCGUAAUGGGAGUGGAUGUGUCACUCGAAGAAAUUAAGAAGCUGACCCCGCGGUUUACAUUGUGUCCAAAUGGUUAUUACUUUGCAAUUGACCCCAAUGGCUAUGUGUUGCUUCAUCCAAAUCUUCAACCAAAGCACAUUGGUGUGGGCAUACCCAAAAUUAAUUUGAGAAAAAGGAGACCCCAUGUCCAGAAUCCAAAAUCUCAAGAGCCGGUGACACUGGAUUUUCUGGAUGCAGAGCUAGAAAAUGACAUUAAAGUUCAGAUUCGAAAAAAAAUGAUAGAUGGAGAAAGUGGAGAUAGGACCUUUAAAACACUGAUCAAGUCUCAAGAUGAGCGUUACAUUGACAAGGGAAGCAGAACCUAUACAUGGACCGCUGUGAAUGGGACUGAUUACAGUUUGGCAUUGGUGUUACCACCUUAUAGCUUUUACUACAUAAAAGCCACCAUUGACGAGGCACUAAUCCAGGCUAAGUUUACUGAAACUCUGAAGCUAGAUCGUUUUGAUGAGUUUGGCUACACGUUUUUAGCACCAAGAGAUUAUUGUACUCCCGUAAAAAUAACUGACAAUAAUACUGAUUUUCUUCAAAAUUUCAAUGAAUUUAUUGAUCGACAUACCCCCAAAAGCCCUUUAUGCAAUGAUAUGGUUAUGAGAGUUUUACUGGAUGCUGGAUUUACGAGUGAACUUGUUCAGGAACAUUGGAGUAAGCAGGACCCUGAAGGAAUUACAGCACGGUUUGUAGUGACUGAUGGAGGGAUCACGAGAGUGUAUCCACGAAGCGCAGGCUACUAUUGGACAGAAAAUCCCGAAACGUAUGAGGAUAGUUUCUACAAGAGGAGCUUAGAUAAUGAAAACUAUGUCUUCACAGCUCCAUUCUUCAACAGAAGUAGCGAAGAAGAUGGCAUUAUGGUAAGCAAAGCUGUGAAAAUAACUGUCGGUGGAAAACUUCUGAAGCCUGCAGUUGUUGGAGUAAAAAUCAAUAUAAGCAACUGGAUGGAAAACUUCACCAAAACCACAACCAAGAUCCAG